AUGAUAUGCCAAACUGUGGCUGAAACCAUUGGAGAAAUGAUAGAUAAUAAGUUUGCUGAAUUGAUUGAAGAAAAUAAAAUCAUUAAAGAUGAUAUGCAGAUUUAUAAAGACGAGGUCAGUGAAAAACUUCUGGGAUACGAGCAAAAACUCGAUAAUAUGGAACAAUAUUCACAGCGUAAAAACAUUAGAGUUUUUGGCAUUCACGAGAAUGAGAAAGAAGACACAUUCAAAGUUUUUACAGAUUUCAGUAAAAAUAUUCUGAAAGUGAACCUAGUUGAAGACGAUAUAACUAGAUGUCGCAGGGUGGGCGAAAUGCCAAAAACUAAACAGAGACCUAUUUUGAUCAAAUUCAAAACACCUAAAAAACGCUUGAAUGUACUGAAGGAGAAAAAGAAGCUGCGAGGCACCAAGAUUGCAAUAUGUGAAGAUUUAACCAAAAAACGAGUACAAAAAUUAAUGGAUGCUGAAAAUAAAUAUGGAAUAAAACAUACAUAUCUAUGUUGUAUAAGCAAUGGGGUGAAAAUGUAUGAAGGAAACAUGAAGGAUAAACCAUUAGAAGCAAGAAAUAAUUGA